AUGUCCGAAAAAGACCCCCUAGUCCUCUCCUACUCCCACCUGCACCACCUCCCCCAGCCCUCCUCCGCCCUGCACGUCCUCAAAAAGAUCGCCUCCGUCGUCAAACCGCUCAUGCGCGCCCGCGGCUGGCGCGUCCGUGAGCUCGGCGAGUUCUACCCGGAGCAAGAAAAUCUUUUAGGCCUUAACAUCAACCGCGGCGCCAAGAUCUUGUUGCGACUACGCUACCCCUCCGACAAAUCUCUUUUCUUACCCGUUGAGCAGGUAACAGACACAAUGCUGCACGAGCUAGCACAUAUCGUGCACGGCCCCCAUGAUGGCAAGUUUCAGGCGCUGUGGGAUCAGCUGCGGGAUGAGCAUGAGGGGUUGGUGAUGAAGGGGUAUACGGGGGAGGGGUUCUUGUCGGAGGGGCGAAGGCUUGGUGGUGGUGGUGGUGGUGGUGGUGGUUCUUCUUUUAACAGAGGAAGGAUUCCGAUGCAUGAAGCGCGACGGCUGGCGAGGGAGCAAGCGGAGAAGAGAAAGGUGCAGACGACACUAAGUGCUGGGUCGGGACAGAAACUAGGUGGAGCGAGGCCGAGGCCGGGGCAGGAUAUCAGGAGGGUUAUUGUUGAGGCGGUGGAGAGGAGGAAUAAGACGUUGAAGGGGUGCGGAGUUGGGGUGAAGGAUACGGGAGAUAAAGGGCUAGGUGAGCAAGAGAUCCGCAAGAUCGAGGAGCAGGCGACUAGGAACGGCUUUCGCUCCAGGGCGGAGGAGGAUGAGGCGAAUGAAGCGGCCAUUGCGCAGGCGUUGUGGGAGCUGGUGCAGGAGGACGAGAAGAAGAAGUUUGGGAGUGGACCCAAGAGGAUCUGGAGGGCCCACGGUCACUUCUCCUCGAUCACCGCCGCCACCGCAGAUUUCAGCAGAACGAGAACCAUCCAACGAAUCCUCAAGCGAUGGUUGGGCCUGCAGGAUCUGUACCCUCCACAACCCUGA